AUGAUGGCGCCCAAGGACGAGGUUGGCGUGGUGAACGAUGGCCCGACCGUCGAAUUCACAGCGCUGGCGUCACCGAAAGAAGCACAAGCACCGCCAAACGGUGACAUUGCGUGGCGGGACGUGCCCAACCCCAUGGGCGCAGCGAGUUGGUUUAGCCUCGUCACGAUGCUGUGGAUGGAUCGCUUGAUUCAACGCGGUGCAAAGAAAACUCUGCAAGAGCAGGACGUGUGGAAGCUCAGCCCAAAGGACACGGCGGCGUACUUGAACGAACGAUUUCAGAUCCACUGGGAACGCGAGAAGCUCGAGGCCACGCCGGAUUAUGCCCGGGCGAUCUGGCGGACGCUGCAGACCAAAACUCUGUGGACCACAGCUCUGUACGGGCUCUACUCGGUGCUCAUGCUCGUGCAGCCCACGGUCAUUAAGUCCCUCUUGGACUUCCUCCAAACGCCCGACGGCAUGACAGCCCACACAAGUAUCGGGAUUUCGUCUGGGUACGCUCUAGCUGGUCUCCUCACCGUGCUCUCGUUCGUGUCGGUCACGAUGGUCGACUUCGGGCAAUACUUGACGUCUAACUUGGGCGUGAAUGCCAAAUCGAUCGUGAUGGACUCGGUUUAUCUCAAAACGCUCCGGCUGUCAGGGUUUGCCAGGCGCGAGAUGUCGUCGGGCGAGAUCGUGACUCUCUCGUCCGUCGACUCGGAACGGCUCUUUCAAGGUUACAUGGUCGGUCCCUGGGUCGUCGUGGCUCCUUUCACACUCUUACUUAUCUUCAUUCUGAUCGGAGUCGACAUGGGUGCCGUCGUAGGGGCUGUCGUCGGUGUGUCCAUGGCGGCCGUCCUCUACUGGAGCUACGUGUCGUCGAAAGCCGUGGGAAAAGUACGUCGAGACGUCUUGACUGUCCAAGCCGAGCGCAUCAAGUUGACAAACGAAAUCCUCCAAGGCGUUCGCGUCGUCAAAAUGUACGCGUGGGAAGGCUUUGUCCAAGCUCAAAUCGAAGCCAUUCGCGCGCGCGAACUAGCGCUGCUCCGGACGUACCAGUAUCAGCGCGUGCUCAACACUGUCAUGCUGUCGAUCGCGCCGGUGUUUUCGCUGGCCUUGUGCUUGGCGGUGUACGCUGCUCAAGGCCACGAACUCACGCCGUCUCGGGCGUUUACCGCGCUGGCCUACAUGAAUGUGGCCAGGCUUCCAUGCACCGUGUUUUCCAGCUCCAUCAUGUUUGCGUCGGAGGCGCUGGCAUCAUGCGCACGCAUCGGCAAGUUUAUGGUAGCCAACGAAAUCCCCGACGACGCGCCGAUUCUCCAAGAGAUGCAAGGGACAUCGUGCGACCCAAAAGUCGACCUUGACGAGGCGUCGUUCAGCUGGAACGCAGACCUGGCGGGCGCGUCCACCCCGAUGGACGCGGUGCCGCUGACGCUGAAGCGAAUCAACUUGAGCAUUGCCGCCGGAACUCUGACCAUCGUGGUCGGCCCGGUCGGGGCUGGCAAGUCGAGUUUGAUCAGCGCGAUCUUGGGCGAAAUCCAGCAAGUGAGCGGCCGCCGCGAGGUCGCUGGUCGCGUCGCGUACGUUAACCAAGAAGCAUGGAUCCAGCAUGCAACGGUGAGAGACAACAUUUUGUUCUCGGCGGCGCUGGACACGGCCAAGUACGAUCGCGUCGUGGCAGCAUGCCAACUCAAAGCGGACUUGGCGAUUUUACCCGACGGUGACGAGACCGAGAUCGGAGAACGAGGGAUCAACUUGAGCGGCGGCCAGAAGGCUCGAGUGAGCUUAGCCAGAGCCAUGUACAGAUCAGACAUGGCGGAUUUGGUGUUGCUGGACGACCCGUUGAGCGCUCUCGAUGUGCACGUGGCUGGCGCGGUCUUCCGCGAGUCCACUACCAUUUCCUACCGCAAGCCGACCGCGUGCUUGUCAUGGAGGACGGCGCGAUCGUUGGAGACGGCACGUUUGAUGCGGUCAAGGUCGCAUUUCCCCACUUGA